UUUUCAUUUCGACUCAGAUGGGUUUUGAUGAUUCAUGCAACACAGGUCUUGUUCUUGGAUUAGGUCUCUCACCAACUCCAAAUAAUUACAAUAGUGCCAUCAGACGAUCCUCCGGUUGCAAGCUCGAGCCCUCGUUGACUCUAAGCCUCUCCGGCGAUCCCUCGGUUACCGUGGUGACCGGAGCUGACCAGCUAUGCCGUCAGACGUCAUCUCACAGCGGAGUCUCUUCUUUCUCAAGCGGGAGGGUGGUGAAAAGAGAGAGAGACGGUGGAGAAGAGUCGCCGGAGGAGGAAGACACGACGGAGAAAGUUAUAAGUGAAUAUAAUGAAGAUGAAGAAGGUAUUAGUGCUAGAAAAAAACUUAGGCUUACGAAAGAGCAAUCUGCUCUUCUUGAGGAUAGCUUCAAGCAUCAUAGCACCCUUAAUCCCAAGCAAAAGCAAGUUCUGGCUAGACAGCUGAAUCUAAGGCCUAGACAAGUUGAAGUAUGGUUUCAAAAUAGAAGAGCCAGGACAAAGCUGAAGCAAACAGAAGUAGAUUGUGAGUUUUUGAAGAAGUGUUGUGAAACAUUAACAGAUGAGAACAUGAGACUUCAGAAAGAGAUUCAAGAACUCAAAACCCUAAAAUUAACUCAUCAGCCUUUUUACAUGCACAUGCCUGCAUCGACUCUAACGAUGUGUCCUUCUUGUGAGAGAAUCGGCGCCGGUGGCGGUAAUGGAGGAGGAGGUGGCGGCAGCGUGGCUACGGCGGUGGUUGUGGAUGGAAGUACGGCCAAAGGAGCUUUCUCCAUCUCCUCAAAGCCUCACUUCUUCAACCCUUUUACUAAUCCAUCUGCAGCUUGUUGAAUAGUAGUAAUUCGUUUUUUAUUUAUAACUUAAAAUAAUAAUUUUUUUUUUUU